CCUCUCACGUGGUAGGGCACCAAACAGUUUUCAUCUACAGCUGAGAGAAGGCGCGAGCAAAAGCUUGCGUUUAGUCAGAACAUCCCCACAAUGCCCUCGAAUAUUUAGAUGCUGUCGCCUGCCAUGUAGGUACUGUCUUCUCAAGCAGCAUUCACUCUCAUCUUCUAUCAUUACUUCAUCUCUCUGUGCUAUGCCUUCUCUAUCAUCAGUCACCAGCGCCGCCGACGUCCUCGUUAUUGGUGGUGGAAAUGCGGGCUUCACAGCAGCAAUACAGGCGGCAGAGGCUGGUGCAGGGCGCGUUGUAAUUAUCGACAAGUGUCCUGAGGAAUGGGCAGGUGGUAACAGCUUCUUUACUGCCGGCGCCUUUCGGACCGUGCACAAUGGCACAGCAGAUCUGCUUCCCAUCGUCAACAACGUCACGGCUGAAAUGGCCAAGCUCAUUGACCUCGAACCCUACACGCCGGCGGAAUUCCGGAAGGAUAUUGACCGGAUGACUUCGGGGAGAACUGAUCCUGAACUAAGCCAGGCCCUGAUCGAGGAGUCGAAUGCGGCCGUUAAGUGGCUAGCGAAGCAGGGAAUCCGCUUCCAACUCUCUUUCAACAGACAGGCGUACAAGGUUAAUGGCCGCUUCAAGUUCUGGGGCGGCAUGUCCCUAAAGACUGAUGAGGGAGGGAAGGGCUUAAUCCAAGACCACCAGAAUGCCGCACGCCGGCACGGCAUCGAGGUCUAUUACUCAACCGCCGCAAAACGCAUCAUCACGGACCAAGCUACGGGUGCCGUAUCAGGCGUCGUUGUUGAGGUCCAAGGAAUCGACAAAAUAAUUAAAACGAAGGCAGUGAUCCUUGCCGCUGGCGGUUUCGAAGCCAACCCCCGUAUGCGCUCACAAUAUCUCGGUCCGGGGUGGGACCUGGCACGCGUUCGCGGUACCCCAUAUAACACUGGUGACGCUCUCGAAUUUGCAAUGCGGGAUGUGAAUGCCAAGCAGGCUGGCAACUGGUCUGGGUGCCAUAGUACAUGCUGGGACGCGAAUGCACCAGCGAACAGCGGCGACCGGGCCAUCUCCAACGAAUUUACUAAGAGCGGAUAUCCGCUAGGCCUAAUGUUGAACAACGGCGGCGAGCGCUUUGUUGACGAGGGAGUUGACAUGCGGAAUUUUACCUAUGCACGCUUUGGGCGCGCGAUCCAUGGGCAACCUGAUGGAGUGGCAUUCCAGGUAUGGGAUCAGCGCAUGAUUCCGUGGCUUCGGGACGAGGAAUACCGUGAUACAGUAGUGGAGAAAAUUUGGGGUUCGACGCUUGAAGAGCUGGCAGAGAAUUGCGCGCAGCGUGGGCUGAAUGAGCCAGCGACUUUUAUCUCGACUAUUAAGGAAUAUAACUCGGCCGUCUACGCAUCACAAAAGGAGAAGCCAAGCUUGAUUUGGGACCCCGCUGUCAAAGACGGCUUAUCAACGCAGAGUUCUACGGUAAAGCUGGUGCUACCCAAGUCGAACUGGGCACUCCCAGUUGACAAAGGUCCAUUUAUGGCGGUUAAGGUAUGCUGUGGUAUCACAUUUACCUUCGGGGGCCUGUCUGUAAACCCAGUUAGCACUGCUGUCAUCUCGCAAUCAGGCCGGGAGGUGGAGGGCCUGUUCUGCGUAGGUGAAAUGUUGGGAGGUCUGUUUUAUGGCAAUUAUCCUGGUGGCAGUGGUUUGACGAGCGGUGCUGUGUUUGGACGGAGGGCAGGUGUUGCGGCAGCGAGGGUAGCCGGUGCGAAGGGAGUGGUAGCGACUGAGGUGGGUUUCUCGUCGCGGUUAUAG